AUGAUCGGAGCCUUCGAAGCAGGCUUCUAUCCCACAGCCAUCGCGUACCUCUCCACCUUCUACGGGCGCUACGACAUGGCCGUUAGAAUUGGUCUUUUCUACGGCCAAUACGCUAUUGCCGGCGCGUUCUCGGGGUCUAUUGCAUUCGGUAUUUUCCACCUCAACAACACACGUCUGCAUAACUGGCAGUAUCUCUUCAUCAUCGAAGGCAGUCUAACCAUCCUCAUCGCCAUACUCGCGUGGUUCUGGUUACCAGCCGGACCAGGCUCAGCAUGGUUUCUCAGCCACGAAGAGAAAGUCUUCGCCGUUCAACGCAUCAUCAAGGAUAAUUCUGCGUGGACUUCGCAUGAUUUUGGAAGGGAUGGCGUGGAGAGGGAGAGGCUGACGAGACGAGAUGCAAGGGAGACGGCGAGGGAUUGGAAGUUGUGGUUCUUGCUGUUUUUUAAUAUCUGUGCGAGUGUGCCUAGUCAGGCUUUUUCGGUUUUCAUGCCCAUGGUGGUGCAGGGGUUGGGGUAUUCGAGUUUGGAUGCGAAUUUGAUGUCCGUCCCCCCCUUCGUCUGCGGCGCAAUAGGACUCUACCUCUUCGCCCUAUCAUCCGACCACCGCAAAGAACGCGGCUACCACAUCAUAACCGGCAUUUUCAUCUCGCUCAUCGGCCUCAUCAUCACCGUCACCGCCCCCUCCCAUUCCGCCCAAUACGCAGGCCUCUGCAUCCUCCUCUCAGGCUCCUACAUCUCCGCGCCCCUAACCGUCGCCUGGCUCAGCGGCAACAACCCCGAGCCAGGAAAACGUUCCCUCGUCUUGGGUGUCAACGGCUUCGGUAACCUCGCUGGUGUGGUGGGCGCGCAGUUGUAUAAGAAGAAGUAUGCGCCGAGGUACCUGGUGCCGUUUUAUGGUACGUUGGGGUUUGUGGUCGCGGCGUUGCUGGGGUAUACGGCGUAUAGGUUUAUUCUUGUCAGGGUGAAUAGGAGGAAAGUGGCGUGGAGGAGGGGGAAGAGCGUGCAGGCUGUUGAGGCGGAGAGGCUGGAUGUGACGAGGUAUGCGGAUGCGAAGAUGACGUUUUUGUAUGGGCUUUGA